AUGAUGAAAGUUAACAAUUCAAAUGUAAGAAACAAUUUUAUAUACAACAAGAAAGUGAACGAACUAACAGAAAAAAUUAUUUUCUUGGCAAAGAAUUUAUCAAUUUGCAGAAAAAAAUAUGUUAAAUUUUUGAAGAGAAAAAAGCGUGAUGGGGUUAGCGAAAGUGGGAGUGAAACAAGAGGAAGAGGUGGAGUGGGUGAAAUUGAGGCAUUCCUCAGAGAAAGCGACACACUAAAGAAAGACAAAAGACAGGGGAAAUUUUUCAGAGGAGGAAAUUGCACUAAAUGUUGUUCAGAAAACUGUGAAAAGUGCUGCGUGGAAAACUGUCCAAACUACAGUUUUUUUCACAUUUUCACAAAUUACGAAGAAUUCGUUCGCGACAUGCUGCACUUGUGCAUAUACGAGACUAACACAUACAUUGAAUUUCUUUACACACUAAUAAUUAACAGUGAGCUAUUUAAUUAUUUCCUAUACAUUUGCAAAUUCACUAGUGGAGACAAAAACGACCCUUUUCUUCUAUUGAUAUACAAACACUUUUUAAUUCUCAUUGAAUAUUAUUACUAUUUCAACAACUGUCACUAUUUCAAGGAGCUAUAUCAUAGCUUGGAAGACAUUUACGACAAUAAGAAUGUAUGCGAGACGAGCAUGCAAGCGAAACAACAACAAAAUGAUUACACUUCUGGAAUGGAGCAGGAUGAAAAGCUUUUAUUCUCCUACUCAAGUGAAAGUAGCUAUUUUUCAAAUUACAGCCAAGGUCAGGUAAAUUUCACAGAAAAUUCCACAUUUUAUGAACAAAGAAGAAUGGAAAAAAAAAAAAAAAAAAAAAAUGAAAAAAAAAAUAUGAACAGUAAGGCGAAUCGCUAUAACUUUAAAAUAAAUGGAGACAACAAUUCCCCUUUCAAGAACACGGAAGAAUAUUUUUUUAGUCAAAAUGACUUGUCCACUUUUAGAAAAAAAGAAAAAGAGAGAGGAGAUAAUGAUAAUGUGUGCAAUGAAGCAAAGAGAGACAAAAAUAUAACUAAUAAAAAGAAAAGUAUAAAUCCAAGAAUUAUUUUAAAUAAAUUUUUUUUUAACUCAUCUGGUGUAAUUAACAAAUCGGCUGACAUACACAAUCUAAGUGAUAACAGCUAUGGAAAGAAAGAAAAAAAUAAUUCUUGUCAACAAGAAUCAUUAUAUACACUCGAUGAAAAUUUUAAUAUUAACAAUUUUUAUAAAUUAAAAAACAUGUUUUUAAUGUUUAACAAGCUCAAGUAUGAGCAUUUAUACAUACUGUUAUAUUUUUCCUUAUCUAUAAUACCAACCCUUUUUCAUGUAUACCUAACCAGGAUGUUAAAAACGAAGAAUGACAAAUUCCACAUCAGUCCUUACCUUAUAUAUAUAUGUAAAACGAUAAAAAAAAAGUCCAUUUAUUUUUUAAAAGAAAUCAAUUUGGAUAAGGUACACUACAGCUGUUAUGACAUGAUGUCUUCUAGAACAGCUAAUCAUAACCAAGUAGGUAUGAAUAUGAAUGGCAUACUUGACGAUAAGAAAAUGUGUAGUGGGAUUGUGCAAAUGAACAUUCAUCCUUUGAAGGAAGAAGUACAUGGAAAAAUCAAAGAAGAGGAGGAAGAAGAACAUGGAAAAAUCAAAAACGAGGAGGAAGAAGAACAUGGAAAAAUCAAAAACGAGGAGGAAGAAGAACAUGGAAAAAUCAAAAACGAGGAGGAAGAAGAACAGGAAAAAUAUUUUGAUUGGAUGACUAGCACUAGCAUCAUACGAAUGGAUAAAGAACUGUGCAAUGGGAAUCACAAAAGGUCACAUAAUAAAAGUGUAAGAAAUGAUCAGAGGGAGGGAGGAAAAUAUGAUUAUAUGAAUUUGAACGAAUCAGAUGGUAACUUUUGGGAAUAUAUUAACAACCAAGAUAUUGAAACAAAAUUAGACACUUUGAAAUGUGCUAAAGGUGUCUACAAGGACUACUUGUCUGUGUUUAGAAACAGCAUAAAAAUGCUGCACACACUAGAAGUUAAAAGUGAUUUUGAAAAGUUAAACUGCAAAAUUGAGAAAGAGGAUGAGCAGCACAUUAGGAAGGAGGCAAGCGCUUGUAUAAAUACAAAGAAGAGGAAUGAAUCUUCAUGUGAACCCACUUAUAAGUUAGAUUCCAUGGAUAGAGGCGAUAAAGUAAAACAUACAGAUGCAUUGUGCGAAUCAGAAAGAAUGGAGGACGAGAAGAUGUCCAUACAUAGUGUCCCGUUAAUAACGCGAGAAUCUAUUUCAUCAAAUGAUGCAAGGAAGGAAUUUCAUGAAAUUUUGAAAAAGAAUCUAAUGAUGAAUAGAAUUCAUUCAUUUUAUGAAAAGGAAGUAAAGAGAAAAAAAUUGAAGAAUUGUCUUGGAUUGAAAAAUUUAAUAAAAAGUAUAAGUAUUAUAUGCAAUGAGCAGUUUUUUUCUUUCUAUAUGAACAGGAUAGACAUGAAAAGAUCAACUGAAGGAGAUUACGACCUGUUAGAUACAGAGAAAUGUAGUUCUAUAUAUGCAAAUCAGAAAGGAGAAGAGGAAUCAUCAUCAUACAUAGCUAAUCAUUUAUACAUUCCAAGUCUCCACAAAGAUACGACCUUAGUACAUAAUGAAUAUAUUAAAAAAAAAAUUAAAAGAACUAAAUUAUACACGUAUAAAAUUUUCAAUAACCAAAUUGAAACUGUAUUGAAUUCUAAGGAACUAACAGAAUAUAUAAAAAAGCAAAAGGAAAAUAAAAAAAAAAAAAAAAAAAUUCAUCAGGAAAAAAAAAAAGAAGAUUUCAUAUACAUGCAAUCUACUAGCAGAUUUCCAUUAUUAAAAAAGAAAAAAAAAAAAAAAAUGUAUGAUGGCAUGUUUAAUUUUGUGCAAAAUAAAAAUAAAAAUUUUAUUGAAUCCGAUUGCAAUUCAUAUGAAAAUAGUGACUCUAGUGAUAACUUAUCAUUGCAUAAUUAUACCAAACAGUAUUAUUCAGAAAAUCAAUUAUUCAAUUUAAAUGAUUUUCUUUUUUUUGUUAUAAAUUCCUUUUACUUAUUCAUACACCUUCACAAUAUAUAUUUCUCAUCUACAUAUUUGAAUAUUCUCCUUUCUUAUUCGAUAAAGUUGAUCUUUAAGUAUAGCAAUGGUCCUGAACAUGCUGAACAAGCUGAACCAGCUGAACCAGCACGUGGAGUGCCAGAAUUGAGACAGUAUUCAUGUUAUUUCCCAACCCUUUUUCCAUUUCCUGUGUACACCUAUCCCUCAGAUGCACAAUCGAAUUUGCCUGACAUGAAGCAAGAUGUGAGGACGACACAAGGGUUAAGUCGAGGGCAAUUGAAAAUAACGAGAAAAAAAGAAAAAGUACGUAUGAUAAAGACACAGAAAGAAGGAGUAGAAGAAAUUUUGUCAAGUAGUUCUCAAGAUGGUGUUAAAAAAAAUAGAACAUGCCAAAGAGAAAAGAUAAAAGAACUCACAGAAAUGAUUCUAAGAAAAAAAAAAUUUUUGAAUAAAAAAAGAAAAAAGGAAAAAAUCCGGAAUAAUAACUAUUUUGCACAUUUUAACAAAUAUGAAAAUAAAGAUAUUUUGCGGAUGAAUACAUUUGAUAUUAUUAUAAAUUCAUUUUUUGAUUUGUGUAUAUCAUUGUGUAGUGUUGAUUUUAAAUUUAUGAAUGAUAAGAGGAACCGAUUGAACGGGUCUUAUAUUUCCAAUUGUAUAUAUAAGUACUAUCACAUUUUGAACAGACAAUACUUUGAAUCAUGUAUGCAAAAGUUUAAUAUGAAUAAUUAUAAUCACGCAUUAGAAGCAUAUCUUUUUUACUUCCAUGAAUUGAAAAAGCACGAUCAUUUUACAAAUCAUUUUCUUCUAAAGAAUAACAUCAGAUGCACAGAUGCAACUUCAUUCUCUAAGAAGACACAAAAUUUGAAACAAAGUAGUAGAAGUGAAGACAUUACUCCAUCGAAAGAAUCUUCUUCAAGUUGCAUGAACGAGCCCACGCCUCUCCCUUCAGAUAGUAGUACCACCUUUUCUUCUCCAAAUGAAGAACAAAUCGUGAGGUGUAGGAGGAGUAGGAGUAGAAGGAGGAGCAGCAGAACCAUCAGCCGCUUGAAGAACACACACAAUGAAAAUGUUUCAAAUGGCGAAGAAAAGAAAACGCUCUUAUUAUCAAAUCAGGUGUUGAAUAAAAAUUCUGAGAAAAUGGUCCUUAAAGAGAAGAAGUUGAAAAAGUUGAACAAAUUGAAGCACAAUAAGACGAAGCAGACGAAGAAGAUUGAUGAUUCUAUUUUCAUCUACAUGAUGAUGGGAAAAGGAAGAAGCAAUAGCGAGUGCAAAAGUGAUCAUGAUGAUGAUUCCUCUAUGUUGAACCAGGGAAAGAAAUGCCUCAACGACAUGUCAAAAGAAUUUUGUGAUGAAAGAAACAUGAACAGCGAUAACAGCUUUUCAUUUUUAAAAAAAAUGAAAAAAAAAAUUAAAAAAAGAAUUUAUUUAGACGAGAAUAACUUAAUAAAUAUGCUGACGAAUGUUGGCUGCAUAUUUAUGAAUAAUAUAAAAUACAAUGUAGGAAUUACAAUAAAAAAUUUAAAAAAAAUGAAUGACAGAAAUGAAGUUGUAAAUGAUAAAGGCAACUUUUUUAAUUAUCUUGAGAGUUUAUUUUCUUCUCCACAAAAAAAUACCCAUUUUGUGAAUAUAUAUAAUCAAUAUUUUACCUCUUUUUUGUUUUUUUUCAAAAUGCAUUAUUUAUUUUUUUUAAUAAAAUACAAAUGUGAAAACGAAAUUUUUUUGAAAGCAUACUGGUUUCUGUAUGCUGUCUAUUCUAUCACGCACACUUGA